AACAUCGUCUGUUAUGUCAGCAAUAUCUCGUGCGUGUAUGCCGGGGUUACUGUCUAACUAGGAUGUAUUCUAUAGUGUAAGGGGUUAACAUGCACUUCACAUCAUAAGAUGAUAAAACAUUGAGAAGUGAAAAUUUUGCAUAUGGGUUGGGACCUAUUCUGCCAGUAUAUUACACAUAUCUAUGAACUGAUAAAGAUAAUUUAAAUAUGCAGAACAUUAUGAAUAUGUGUUUAAAUGAAAAUUUAUGUUUGUUAAGAGUCAUGCUAAUUUGAUUGCAGCACUUUAUGAAUGGCUGUGGUCCUACACCAACAUAUCCUGACCCCAUUCCUCUGACUAACAGUAGCAGCACACCCAAGCCAUCCAGACCCCCUCCAAAGAACAGAGGAAUCCUUAACAAUCAGUCAAGUAAAUUAGAAAAUCAUGAAGACCAUGGAGAACAAUAUGAUGAAUCUACUCAUCAUAUGACUGGUUUGUCAACAUGCACUCAAACUGAGGAAAAAUGGGUUGAACCUAUGGAUGUUUUACUACUGGCUGCAGAAAACAAGAAAUUUUUGGAGGAAAAUAAAAGCUUAAAUGGUAAACUUCAGGCUGUAUAUGGAGCAUAUGAUCAACUUCAUCGGAAGACCUACACAGAGAAGAGAAAUGUAAAAUUGCAAGCUGAACUUUCACAGGAAUUUAAUGUUGAUGUCAUCAUUCAUGACGCAAAACAAUUCAAAUAUUACACAGGUUUGACACCUGAUCAGUUCCUUGGUGUAUAUGUUUUUUUGGUACCGAAUGAUCAAGUUAUCCCAAUACAGUUUCCAACUAACAGAACAGAAGAAGUCAUGACAUUGACGUUGAAAAAUCAUUUAUUUUUAACAAUUAUGAAAUUGAGAUACGAUUUUCAUUAUUCUGACUUGGCUUUCAGAUUUAGAAUUAGUAAACAGACAACAAGUGUUAUUUUUACAUACUGGAUCAAUUACAUGUUUUUGAGAUUUGGAGAGCUUUCCAUCUGGCCUCAUAGAAAUGUCAUCAAAGAAAAUAUGCCAUCCAAAUUUAAAGAAGAAUUUCCGACAACUUUUGGUAUUCUUGACUGUACGGAAAUAAAAAUAAACAAACCAGCAUCUCUUAAGGCCCAAUCACAAACCUACAGCGACUAUAAAAGCUGCAAUACUAUGAAAGGUUUAGUAGUGUGUGAUCCAAGAGGUUCAGUUACGUUUGCUUCAAUGUUAUUUAGUGGUGGUAUAUCUGAUAAGGACAUUUUUGUUCAAUCGAAAUUUGAAGACAUGCUUAAAGACUUGCUGGAUGAGGGAUACCUACUCCAAGGAGAUGGACUCAUGGCAGAUAAAGGAUUCAACAUUGAAGAGGAAGUAGAGAAAUGUGGGCUGCAAUUAAACAUACCACCCUUUGCAACCAUUGGAAAACGAAUGUCCAAGAGUGAUGCUUUACUUACCAAGAAAAUUGCUAAACACAGAGUCCAUGUUGAAAGAGCUAUUGAGAGAAUCAAACGUUUUAAAAUUUUAUCUGGAAAAUUUAAACUUUCUUAAUUCACUUUGAUUAACCAAAUAUGGUAUGUCUGUGCAAUGCUUUCAAAUUUUUUUUGUUCCUUGCAUUAAAAACAAAACCUGAGUCAAUGCUUUUAAAUUUGAAUAGAUAUUAACGUGCAAUUUCACAACAGAGCAUUUUCUUGUCAAAGUGCAUUAUCCCAGUAUAUA